UGAAGAAAGAUCUCUCUCUCUCUCUCCUCCCUUUUCCUUUGGAGCGAACCAAUUUUCCGAAAAGGCGAAAUCUGAACCGUCCAUUAAUAAGAUCUAAUGGCUCUCGUCAGUCGGCGAGUGGUUACCCAUAACACCUUCACUAUAGUUUUUUUAUCAUAAACCCUAGCCGCGCGAUAUUACGCAGACGACUCUCUGUUUCUCCUUUUCCCUCCAUUUUCCCUUUCUACUCCACUCUCACUCUCACUUUCUCUCUAUCCAAACAGCCUCUUAACGCCAAAUUAAUCGCCGAUCUACUAUCUUGCUAUCAUUCCCUAUCUGUUUAUCUAUUUUUCUUAGAUCUUUAGUUAUAUACGGAGUUUUUACCGUCUUUCUUGUGUAGAUCCAAUAAAAACCCUAAUUUCUUGUUCUUUUUUCUUGAUUGUAUGUGAAUAUCGAUUUUCUGUUUUGUAAAGGAUAUAUACUUGUAUUAUAAGUUAGUAUUUUCCGAGUUCCGAGUCCGCUGAGUCGCUGAGUUCGUGAGUCGUUUUAAUGGCGGUCAUCGUGAAUCGCUGACUCCGUCGGUUUUUUUCUCCGAUUACGAGGUCAGUACGUGCUGAGUUUUUUAAUUUCCAUUCCGAGUUCGUGACUGAGUCGACUCGGAAGUGGACUCAGUGAGUCGAGCAGGAAGGCAGGUCCCCGAGUCGGGGCGCUCGGGAGUUUGACGACGGCAAUGCCAUCUGUAGGGAUGAGGCGGACGACGAGGGUGUUCGGGGUGGUGAAGGGCGUCGACGGCGCGAGGGUUUUGAGGUCAGGUCGGCGUCUGUGGCCGGACUCCGGCGAAGUCAAGCUCAGGAGACACAGCGAUGUGUACGACUGGUUCAAGAUUGGCAAAGGCGAUGGCGGUUUAGGCUAUGACUCGAACGGCUGGGCCCACAACACUAACAGCAAACCCAAGAAAACCCCUCCCGUGGCUGAAAUCAAGGCUCCGAAACCGGAGGACAACAACCGCGGCGUUGGUGUGGAUUUGGCACAUGGCGGGCGUCGCCCUGAUAGGAUGUUCGGACUUGUGUAUAGCCGGAAGAGGAAGAAUUUGGCUGUGAGAAGUUCCGGCAAUGCUUCGGUCAAUUCGGAAACUCUUGGUGGCUCCGUUGGCAAAAGGUACGGGCGUCGGUUCGUCCGUAGGCAGAGAAGGAAGUUGAAUUCCGGUGAGAGCUUUGCGGUGGCUGACGACUCUGAUUCCCGGCUCGAAUUUACGCCGAGUGAAGUGGUUAGCGUUGUUUUUGGUUCUUCCAUGGACAGGAACUUCUAUGCUGUUGGGGUUUUGUGUUCGAUUUUGGUGUACUUGACGAGGGCCAGGCUGAGAUUGACUGACCUUUUCGCUUUCCUCGUUUCCGAGCCUAUUAGCAGAGUAAAUUCUUCGUGUGGCAUAAACAUCUUUUUGGAUCAUCCUUCGAUCAAACGUUUUGCAAGUUGCAAGCUUUUUGGGGCCCCGGAGUUUGUGCCAUUGUUUUGUGUGGACUUUUCUGCAAUUCCUCUUUGUUUUAUGCACAUGCAUUCCUGCAUGUUUUUUAGAUACAAACGACAGCCAUCUCUUGCUGGGAAUAAUGAAAUUGACGAGAUGAUUUCUGAUGACGAGGAAGACCAGUUAUCCUCUCCGGGAAAGGAUGCUUUGGAAAGCAAACCCCUGUUGAGCGCUGAAGCCAAUCACAGUGAAAACAGGUUGGCAUCAAAUCCGUCUUUCAAAGCUUCGAAAUUUGCCUGUCGUAGCAAUCAGUAUAGAAAUGGGUUAAUUUCAAGAGGAAUUCAGAAAAGGCGGAGUUCACUUCGGAGGAGGAAAGCCAGAAAUCCUUCACUCUGCGGUGUACAGAAGCCUAAUAAUGCUUUACUUUCUGAUUUAGUUAGCUUUAGGAAAAAUUCAGUGUCUUUAUCUUUAACGUCUAAUAACAAGCUUCGGAGAUCACUUCGGAGUAACUCUGCUCGAAAGUUGAAAGAAGUGAGUUCAACAGUGGCGGACUCGACACAGGAUAUGGACUCAACCUCGUGUUGUGCAAAUGUAUUGAUUAUUGAACCAGAGAAGUGUUACAGGGAAGGCGGAUUUAGUAUUGUGUUAGAAAGCUCACCUUUAGGAGGGUGGCUUAUUGCGGUAAAGAAAGAUGGAUCAACAAAAUUUACCCACAAGGCAGAAAAAGUUAUGAGGCCUUGUUCUUCCAACCGCUUUACACAUGAUAUAAUGUGGACUGCGGAUGAUGGCUGGAAGCUGGAGUUUCCUAAUAGAAAAGACUGGCUUAUUUUCAAGGAUCUUUACCAGGAAUGUUCGGAUCGGAAUAUGUUGGCUCCUGGGGUUAAGGUUGUCCCUAUACCUGGUGUAAAUGAAGUCUCACAAAAGGGGGAUAGCCAUUGUACUCUAUUUCGCAGACCAGAUUCAUACAUAUCUGUGAAGGAUGAUGAACUGUGUAGAGCCUUGAAGAGGAAGACCUCAAAUUAUGAUAUGGAUUUAGAGGAUGAGGAAUGGCUAAAUAAGUUAAAUAACGAGUUUUCUGUGGAGAAUGAAACAUAUGAGUGUGUUUCCGAUGAUAAGUUUGAGUCAAUGAUUGACGCCUUUGAGAAAGCAUUCUUUUGUAGUCCAUAUGAUAACUCUGACGUGAAAUCAUUAACUGAUCUGUGUUCACAUCUGGGUGGUGACAAAGCUAUAGAAGCUAUUUAUGUCUAUUGGACGAUGAAAAAGAGGAAACAGAAGCGGCCAUCAUUGAUUCGCAUUUUUCAGCUGUAUCAAGGAAGGAGAACAUUGGUUCCGAAGCCUGCCAUUCGUAAGAAAAGAUCCUUCAAUCGACAACCAAGCCAAGUUGGAAGAGGCAAACAAUCCAGUUUCUUGCAAGCAAUGGUAGCUGAAAGAGACGCCGCUGAAGAACAGAACGCGAUGCAUAGGGUUGAAGAAGCUAAAGCCUCGGCAAACAGAUGCGUGGAGCUAGCUGUUGAGAGCCGUCAAAGGGCUCAGUUACUUAUGAACAACGCGGAUCUGGCGACUUACAGAGCUGCAAUGGCACUUAAAAUUGCUGAAGGAGCUCAAGUUUGUGAAUCAUUGGAUGCCGCUGCUGCUCAUUUAUUACUUGAUGAUUGAAUCUUUUGUGGAUUCCUGAAAACGACCCAUUUUUAAAAGUUAAAAGGGGAUGGAUUUGUCAUUACACAAUGCAUUCUCUAUGGCUUGUUUGACGUGGCUGUUGGGGAGAUGUUCCUGGAAGAAAAGUAUUAUAAUUUUGUAUAGGUUUUUUAUUGGUAUUGUACAUUCUGUAUUAGUAUAACCUCACACCAAUAGUGUACAAGUGGAAUUAGUUGAUUUCCUUUUGGCCGAAAAAAAGAUGGGAAGAAAAAGUAAGAAAAAAUUACAUAAUACAUUUGAACCUGAGAUGAGUU